AUUUAUCACUAUAUCGAGGUUCAAUGCAGAACGUUGCUAUUGAGGUACACAUGUGCCAACCCUCACUUAUUUAUAGUGACCCUCGCUCAUUUAUAGUUGCCCUCGGGUUUCAAUAGUCACACGUAGAGAACACUCCAACAAAUUUCUCAUUUUGACUUUUGUUCGUAGAUUGUGUAAAAUUUUACGCUGACUCUGACCUAUCAUAACUCUCCUCCUUUAUCUAGAUUUGGGAUCGACUACAAACGCAGGUGAAGUUAACCAAUGAAGGUACAUGUAUCUACAUUUAAAGAAGGCUAUAAGUUAAUUUAUUGACGAUGAUGACCACAAAAUGGCUGUGGGGUUUUGUUUGAGGACAAACUACAAACAACAUCAGGAAAAAUGAAAGAAAGCACUUAUUAUUGUUAGGGCACUCUCAUAGGAUCACUCUCCAUUACUUUUCCACACGACUUUUUUUUCUUUCUUUUAGGGUUUGAAAAGCACUCUCCCUUUGGGAUUCAUAGUUAUCCAUCUGUAUAUCCUUGAAAGCAACAUUAGAACAACCUAGCUAUAUUAGAUACCCCUCUCUCUCUCUCUCUCCCUCUCCCUCUCUCUUCAUUUCAUGUGGUCCUGCUAAUUAUGCCAGUCUAUUGAGGUCAGGCUCAUCAGCUAUAGAGAGAGAAAGAGUGUGUGUGUGUGUGAGAGAGAGAGAGAGAGAGAGAGAGAUUGUUGUUGAGUGAGUGAGUGGAAUAGACGGCAUGUAUAAAUGGAAAAAAAGAAAGCUACCACAAGGAGUAGGGAAGAAUAGUACGUAGUGUUCACAAUGCCUUUCAAUUGUGGAAUGGACUAGUAAUAGUACUGUCUUUUCUAAAUAAACAGACAAGACAUAGAUAGAUAUACAGAGCUAAAUAUGUGUAUAUAUAUAGGUUAAUGGUUUAGGGUUAAUUUGUGGGUAAUUCUUGUUGUACAGGGCAUGUGACCCGUACAGGCACCCACCAACUCCUUUGUUGACAAUGUCCUUGACCUUAUACAUAUAUGUUUGUGUGUGCAUUGUAUGUAUAUGUAUGUGAUAGAGAGAGUUUUUAGGUUCCUAAGAAAAAGCUAAAAAAACAGAUAAGCACGCAUGGGAGGGAACCCAACAACAUUCUCACACAAAAAGACUAAUAAGACUUGAUAGAAAGACAAGCCAGUGAGUGAGAGAGAGAGAGAUGAAUAGCUAUGGCUCUCUUUUGAGUGAAGUGACAUGCAGUGAGAGUGAGAGAUUCAACAACACAGUCAAACUAAUUAAAGAGAGUUAGAGCAUCUCCAAUGACAAUGUUAUUUAAACACUCUAAAAUACAUUGUAAUUUGUGCACUAUCAAAUUAUCAAGAGUUUACUCUACAAUUUCCUUCCUUUUUUUCUAUCAUACUCUCUCUCGGCUAAAUUUAUAAGUGUCAAUUGUUGAUUGGUUGUGUUUUAAGUGUUAUUUUUCUUCCAUUGUAGUCAUGUAAUACUUGAAAUUGAUGUUUCGUAUACUUGAAAAUGGUUUUAAAUCUCCCAUUGGCGAUGCUCUGAGCUAGGUGAUAAAUUGAUAGGAUUAAUUAAUUGUUGUCAAAUACAAAAAGUUCUAGAUUCAACUCACACGUCAAAUAAAUUUUGUUGGAGUUAUCCCUAUGAGUUAAAGGUUCCUUUAAUUUUCUGACGCGUGUCGGGAUGCGAGAUUAAUUCACAUACCCAAAAUUUACUAUGUGGAGCGAGUCCAAUGUAUCCGUAUUUUGGAUGAGUUUCUCUUUAAAAGGGAAAAAAAUGAAAGCUAUUGACAAUAUAUACAUACAUGUGCACACUUUGAGUCAAAUAAUUGUACUCUUUGUAUCAACUCUAAGUAUCUUUUAGAGCUUUCUUUUUCAUGCUCUAACCCACAAAAACAACCUACUUUUUUUUCUUGAGAGAAAAUGAUGAUGACCCUCUAGUCUUGUGUGUGUGUGUCCCCAAUAAAUCCUUCCUUGUUUGGGUUCUUUUGACUCCUCAACCUCCAUUGCUAUUUGUAGUAGCUACCACUUAAACUUCCAGCUAGCCUGGGCUGAGUUCCUCAAACUCUCUAUCAACAUCUAGUACUCUUAUUGCUACAUUGAGGGAGGUAUAGAGAUGCUACCCCUCCCCCCCCCCCCUCUCUUCAAAUAUCCCACAAAGGACACACACACACACCCACAAAAUUAGGGUAAAUUUCCUUUCUAUAUAUGUUGUUUUAAUUUGGUUUUAUGUCUUUCUCAUGGCUGUCACAAUUGCAGGAAGAGUUCAAAUUAUGUACAAGAUGAGAUUUGUGGAACUAGUCCCUUCCAAUCCAUGUCAUUCUCAAGUGAUCUUUUAGGGUUUCCCAACCAUUGCAAUCAAGAUCCUCAAAUGCUUCCUUCAAGCACUUACAAUGGAAAUGGUCUUAUCUCUUAUAGUGACAACCCGCCCAUCUCCCACACACCCUUCUAUAAUUACACCAAUAACCCAGAUAGUUCAAAACACUUAGAUGAACAACACCCUCCUAAUUUCUUACACUUGCCCUCUCCCUUCCUUCACUAUGGAUUAGAAGUACUAGAAGAAGAUCACCAUGAUGUUUUUGAUUUCUACAACCCACAACAAUCUAUGAAAGGCACCGAUGACUACUCAGUAUCCGAUUUUCGUGGUGAUGAGCAUACUACGAUUGAGAAAAGCAAGAAGGGUACCAAGAUGAAGCAAGUCUCAUCAACAACAGCAGCAGCAGCAGCAGCAGGAGGAGGAGGGAAGAAAUCAGGGAAGAAAGAUAGGCAUAGCAAGAUCAACACGGCUCAAGGAUUGCGAGAUCGGAGAAUGAGAUUGUCUCUCAAAGUUGCAAGAGAAUUCUUUGAUCUACAAGACAAGCUAGGCUAUGAUAAGGCAAGUAAAACGGUUGAUUGGUUACUAACACAAGCGAAAGUCGAGAUCAACAACAUCAACUUCAUGAGCUGCAGUCUCAGUAAUGCUGCUGAAAAGAGUGCAUCUUCAGCUACAUAUUCCGAGUGUGAAGUAGUCUCUCAAAUCGAUAAUACUGAGCCUAAAGAGAGUUCAAUUUGUGUCAAGAACAAAGAAAGAAAGGUCAGGCAGCAGUCGCAGAAGAAUGCAAUAUUUCGCGGUGGCCCGCUCGCAAAGGAGUCAAGGGAGAAGGCGAGAGCAAGGGCAAGAGAAAGGACCAGAAUGAAACUAUGUGAUCAUCCUCAUCAUCAUCAUCAAGAAGCAACACCAAGUACUAAUUAUGAUCAAUUGAGUCAAUUAAGCUCAUGGAGUCUCUUUGAGGCGGCGGAUUCUUCUUCCGGUCACCAUAAUCAUCCUUCAAUGGAGGUAGAGAAGCCUUGCUUUCAUGACCACCAAGUCGUCACCACCACUACUACAACUACUCAUGAAGACAUGGUUGAUAAUAAUUCUUCAGUGAUUAUAAUGGACAAGUUCUGGAACACAACUACUGGUCCUCCUAAUUUUGGUUACCUGCCUAAUACUAGUACUAUUACUACUGGUAUUCUUCCUCAACAGUUCUUCAGCAAGCCAUGGGAGUCCUACAACAAUCUCAAUCUAUACUGAAGGAGAUGAACAAUUAUUAAUCUUGUGUGUAAGUAUGGCCUGUAAUUACUUUCUGUUUAUAUAUUAUGUAAUAUCUGUUCUUGAUUUUCUUAAUAUGAUUGCUGCUGUUAAUUUCCAACAAUUAUUAACUAGCAGAGAUCGGAGAUUUAAUUGAUGCAAUAAGGAAACUUGCAUCUUUGUUGGGAUCUGUUAUCAUAAUAUGUUCUUCUUGAUUAUCUUACUAUGAAUGGACAUUGUAAGCCCACACAAAAUUAAAGUGGAUAAUUAUCUCCUAUUUAUGAUUUGAUUAAUUCCUUAAAAAGAAAUGUGUGUUUGUUAUUAAAUCUCUGUAGCUUUUGAUUCCUUUGUGAAAUCCAAUGUAUGUAUUCACAUAAAAACUUUUAGGAAGUGAUUGAAGAGACAUUCAGUGAUGCACUAUCCACUGUGAAGAGAUUUUUUUUUCCAAAAUCCAAAAGACUCCCACCUAUUGCUAGUGUGAUACAUAUUUUUCAACACAUCAAUAAUCUUAUUAUCUGUAUGUGAUACAUAUUAUCAUGCUAAUUAUGAUGGCACAAAGUGACUGAACAACAUAAGAGGGAAUAAUCAUAAUAUCCCUUAAUAUCAUCAUCAUCAUCAUCAUUAUCAUCUGAGUUUUUUCCCAAAAAUUUUGGAUUGGUUAAAUUGAGUGUAUAAGAAAAUCAACGGAAUUCUACUACAUGUAGUCGUUUUUGCCAUUCAUUUCUAUUUAAAAUCUUACCGUCAUCAACCUCUACUAAAUUAUUCAAGCCAUAUCUUUUUAAGUUUUUCUCCUCAAUGCUUACUCUCCUAUAAAAAUUCUUUCGAUUUUCUUCACUGCCGCACCUCUAGUUGUAUACAUUGUAUCAUGUAUAUACCGAUAUCAUCUACCACCUUAAUUCUCUAACAAUAGACUUCAAAAUUUUCUAGUGUAAUGAAAUGUUCAGCUAGUAAAAUACUUGGUAGAUGUUGAUAUAAAUGGCUAUUGUGCUUCAUAGUUGUUGUGC